CAAUCGCAGCUGCAAAGAUCGGAACUGUCCACUUGAAGAGGUACCAACCGAAAGGGAAGGUGUUACCAUGCAGCGAACGACAGGUGUGAAAACCGCGACGGUAAUUGUAGUUCUUGUUUACCAGAUGACCAGCAUCAAGAUUUCAUCCAGAUCCACAGGCUGUUUUGCCUUUAUGGAGGCAUGCAUAUCAGAGUCGGCUUUCUGUGAGAAAUCCUCUCUCAGAAACAUAUGUCAUCCUAAAGAUGGAAGUUGCCAAAUAAAAGUCUCAAAGGUCUGUAACAUGACCAUCCACUCCAUUCUUGACCAAUAUCCUACAGUGAGAGGGUGUCUGUGUGCAUGGGAGGAGCCCUGUACCUCUCUGGAACUACUCACUUCACAAUGCCUCCCUGAGACAGAUGGUCAAGCCCUGAGCAGCUCUGUUAGACCCCGCUGGAAUCCUAUGAAGGAACAACCAAUAACCACCAGAGAUAGCUGUCUCUCUGCUCUUCAUAGUUGCCAGAAGUCCCACCACUGUGCAUUAGUGUAUAAGAAGUUGAAGGACUCAUGCCAGAAAGGAAAAAAACAGUGCAACUCUCCAAGCUCUCAGCGCCACUGUCUGUCAUUGUGGAUGGAACUCCAGAGCACCUCUCUGUCUAAUUGUACAUGCGCACUGAGCAGAAGAAAGUGCCAAGGGAUAUGGAGUGUCGUGAACAACAACUCCUGCAUUCAGAAUGCACUGGAGGCAUUGGCUUCAACGGGUCUACAUGAUUUAAAGGACAGGUCAAAUACAAGAAAGAAGUUAACUGUCCAUAUAGCACAACAGAAGAAGAGUUCAACUGUGGAUUGGAAAAGUAGCAGUCUGAAAGAAUACGUUCAUGACAUUGAUGGGUCCUGUUUGCAACAGAUGACAAUCUGCCUCCAUGAUGAUGUCUGCAACAGGCAGAUGGUUCCUCUUGUGCAGACGUGUUUGGCAAAGCAAUGCAACAGCACUCACUGUCGACAGGUCACUCAACAGCUCUACGCUGGUCUGCCAUACAACAUCGCAGAGAUGUUCGUCCUCUGUGAAUGUGACCCAGGCGAUCCGGACUGUCUGCAUAUGAAGGAGGGUCUGCACAGUGGCACAUGUGGAGAACAUUUGGAGGAGGCCAGGACCCAAAUCUGUCUCGAAAUCUUUGACAACUGCCUGGGGGAGGCGCUCUGCAGGAACCGUUUAGAAGCUCUCCUAUCAAACUGCUGGGACACUGAAGACACACCAUGCAGUGAUUUUGCUAUGGAUGAAUGCACUAGUCUUCUGGAUCCUGCUCUUAUUCUUGGAGGUGAUGCAAAGUGCAGAAUGGCUUUGAUUGCUACCAUGGGAACAACACUUCAGCAUCCCUGUACAUGUGGUGGACUUCACAGCAAAGACCUAUACAAGUGCAACAUGAUGCGUGAAGUACUUCACAACCGAACGCAUUUUAUGUCACCAGUGAAGAAAGAAAGUACUCCUUAUGUGCCACCUCCAAUGACUGAAUCAGAAUCAGGAUACGAAUGGUUGAGUGAUCAGCUGUUGAAUGUUUUUGCAUACAUACUGCUUGUUGCAGUAGUACUGUUGGGAGUCAUGAUUGUUUUUCACAUACGGAAGCACAAAGGGAACAAAAAGCCUCAAUUUCACCCUCCUGAUAAAAAUUGUGUUGUAAUUUUCUGACCUUGACACUCAAACGCGUGUAUCUGUGUAUAUAUUAUCCAUAUGAUUAUGGUACAGUACGCAAAGGUAUAUGUCUGAUAAUGCAGAACCUGCAUUUUCUGAUCUAAUUUAGAUUUAUUGGUAUCUAACAGCUUUUUGAAAAUACUAUUUGAUCAACAUUUCCUUAGCUACUUAUACUAAUAUGUCAAAACAUGACUCUGUUUUAAGAUAAUUUUGUGAAAUUAAACAAAUGUACGGCCAUAAGCAAUUUCUGCUAUCCUUGUUAGCUUGAGUGUCAGAACACAGUGGGGUGGUUUAUGUGAUAACUCCUGGAAAAAGCUGAUAGCGCUCUAGUAACUGGUACACAACACAGUCAGUAAGGGACAUUAUACAACUGGUUAUGUCAACAAGGCAAUGAUGGUCAAAUAUUGACUCAUCCCUUUUAAGUGAUUUUUUUUCUUGUCUCUAUUGUCACUCCAAUGCUGUAGAGCUGAUUCAGCCUUCUUAUAAGAAAAACAUAUCUAUAUAUAUUUCUACAGCCUUGUAACCAUCCUGUUUUUCCAAGGGAGCAAAGACAAGAUCUUUGUUGUAUGUUAAUGUUACUGUGCAAUGUAUUACCAGUAACCAACAUGAGUUAAUUAUAUUAGCAAUAUGCUAGCUGGCUAUACAGAACGUGUUAGAGAAUUGCAUAAUUAGGUUGAUAUAUGAUGGCUAACGUUGCUAUGUAGCAGAUGUUCAUGUUUAAGGUCACAUCUAUGACCUGUCUCAAGUCUGAUAAGAUGCAUUGCUUCGGCCCCCUUUUCUUGGAACCUCAACACCUUCAUCCAGAUGUCUACAAAAUUGAUGAUGUGUUUAUGACAAUGGGAAUUUUGUAUUUUUUUUACAUUCAUAUAAUAUAUUGGUAAUGUGUGUCAAAAAGAUUAUUGUGCGUUUAAUCCUGUGAUACUCUCACAGUAAGAUAUUUAAAGGUUUACAAUUGUUUGGAUUUAUCUCAAGUAAAAUAAUAAUUUAAGUAAUACAAUAUUGUCACAAGAUAAUAACAAAGCUAGGCCUUGAUUUUUAGGAAAGGUUGGGCAGAAGGGGCCAGUAGAUGAUUAGAUAAAUAUUAGAUAUGCAGGCAGCACUGUAGGCAAACAUUGAAAGCUUAGAAUGUCAUGUGUAAUCUGAAACCUACAGUAAUCUAGCUCUUUAACUGUAAACAAUUUUGUUUAAUCAACCUUUAUUAUCUUUAUGUAGUAAACAUGUUGGAUUCACAGUGGUUUACCAGAACACUUCAGUUUUUUUCUGUUUAUAUUUCCUCCAAUCCAACUACAAUAUAAAAAGGAUACUAUUGUUUAUGUUAUCUAACAAAUCAGACUUACUGAACCACCCUUCUUUAAAUAACUAUUUAUUUAAUGCAUAAUAUAAAUGUCGCUUACUAUUGCAAGAUGAACCCAUAGAAUAACGUCACUACAUACAUUGAAUGUAUUUCUUAUUAUUAUGGAACUUUGUCACAUAAUACUUCACAUUGAACUGAAUUCAUUACUAUUGAAAUGCAAAUUAAUAAAAUAAUUUACUUGUGUAUAUUGUUUAAAAAGGAGUACAGUCUAGUGGAAGGGAGGUUAGAUACUUUAUUAUACAACAAAGUUCAUGAUAUUGUUCGGUGUUCUUAGAGAUGUAUGUUCAGAACGCCUACUUCAAGUAAAAUAAACGGUUAAGAGGCUUCUCCAGGUCAAAUACAUUUGGCCCCUCUGACUAUUGCACAUACAAUAGGUCAACAUAAAGCUGCGGCCUACUGUGCUUUUAACUCUACAGAAUCAAAUGAAUAGUCGCAACCAUCUAUAUGGUUUCGAAUGGGGUCAUGCACUGGUGAGGAUGAAUUGUGUUACUAUUAUUUGUUUUACUCUGCAUCGUUGUGAAGGGCUCGUAAGCAAGCAUUUCACUGUAAAGUCUAUAUCGGUUGUAUUUGGCACCUGACAAAUAACAUUUGCUUUGAAGAGAGAAAAAACAAAUCAAUAUUUUACAUGUGGAGACAGACAGACUUCCAUGUUAAUAGAGCAAAGGACUUGAAAAUACAUUUUGAGGGAGAAAAAUACAUUU